CACUCCUCUGCUGCAGACUACUGCUCAGGAUGAACUCUGUGAUUUCUUCCAACAGAAGCCAGAGGUGGAAUGAGGGAAAUGGGAGCAUGGUGCCUUCUUUUAUUCUCUUGGCCUUUUCAGAAUUCCCUUACCUCCAGGUGCCCCUCUUCCUGGGAUUCUUGAUCAUGUACACAGUCACCGUGUUGGAAAACCUCGGUAUUAUUUUUGUCAUCAGGAUUAACCCCAAACUCCACACUCCUAUGUACUUUUUUCUCAGCCACUUAUCCUUUGUUGAUUUUUGCUACACGUCUGUAAUUGCACCUAAGCUGUUAAACCUCUUGCUUGUAGAAGACAAGACUAUCUCCUUUGAAGGGUGCAUGGCACAGUAUUUCCUUGGGUGUACAUUUGUGAUUACAGAGAUGUUCAUGCUGGCAGUGAUGGCCUAUGACAGAUUUGAGGCUGUCUGUAACCCCCUGCUCUACACUGUUGCUAUGUCUCACCAGCUCUGUUCUCUCCUAGUAGUCAUGACCUACAUAUGGGCUGUCAUCUUCUCCUCAACCCUCACGUAUAUCCUUUUGCAGCUCUCUUACUGUGGACCUAAUGUCAUCAAUCACUUCUGCUGUGAGUACUCUGCCCUCCUUUCUGUAUCGUGCUCGGACACCUCCUUCAGCCAAAUGGCGUGUCUAGCCAUUUCCAUGUUUAAUGAGGCUUGUUGCCUCCUGAUUAUCAUCACCUCCUAUGUUUUCAUUGUUGUCACCGUCCUCAAAAUUCCCACGAAGGGGGCCCUCCGAAAAGCCUUCUCCACCUGUGCCUCCCACCUCACAGCUAUUGGUGUCUGUCAUGGAAUUGUUCUUCUACUAUAUUGUGUGCUCAAAUCUAAAAGCUCACUAUUUCUCGUGAAAGUAGCCACAGUUUUCCACAGCAUGGUCAUCCCUAUGCUGAAUCCCCUCAUCUACAGCCUCAGAAACAAAGACGUUAAAGAGACUGUCAGGAAGUUAGUCUACCUAAAAUGUGUUUUUCAUUUCUUAUAACCAAACAUGUUUUUAAUGAUUUUAAUAAAUAUACUUUAUAUAUUUUAUUUACAAUUUGUAACUAUUUCUGUCAAGAAUAGAAUAUUCAUUGG